CCCGCCGUGCAGCCGGCGCCCUCUGCCGUAGGGUCGCCCGACAUGUCCGCUCAGUCCAAGAGGACGUUGAGAGCUGGAGACGCGGUCUCUCUUCCUCUAAACCAGUCUCUGCCAAAAACCGCCUCCCCCCUGCCCUCGCCGCCGUCUCACCCGAGUCCAGCGUCCCCUCAGGGCCAGGCGGGUCCUCCAACACAGACUGUGAGCCAGAAAGGAGACGCCAAGGGGGGCGAGGAACCGCGCGAGAGAGGACGCGGGCUACGACAAGGAGGCGGUGUCGGUAGAGACCCGAUGGAGGACCAAAGAGAGAAAGCGAAGGAGGAGGAACCGAUACUUCCACCUGAGGAGGACGGGAGCGCCGUCAUUCAGAAGGAACAGGAAGUCCAAACAGGCCGAGAGGAGGAACAAAUGGAGGUGACGGAGGAAGGCCAGAGGGCAAAAAGAGGCAAGGAGAAGAAGAUGGAGGAGGAGGAAGAAGAAGAAGAAGAAGAAGGGGAGACCGCCAUGGACCAGUCUGAGAACCUGACCAUUCAGAAUCUUCAUCAGUGCAAGAACACGGAUCCUGUCCCGACGCCUGACGCCGUUAAAGAAUCCAGCAUGGAUCCGAAACCCAUCCAGGGUCUCAUUUCAGCUCCAGCUCCAGUACCAGCUCCAGUACCAGCCCCAACACCAGCUCCAGCCCCAGUAACGCUCCCAGUACCAGCUCAAGCCCCAGUACCAGCUCCAGCCCCGGUAACGCUCCCAGCUCCAGUCCCAGUAACGCACCCAGUACCAGCUCCGGUCCCGGCGGUCUCGGUCCAGACCCAGAGGCUACCAGAGUCCAUGCAGCCGGUCCUCCAGGAGGACUUCUGCGAGAACAUGUCGACGCAGUCUGACAACCAGUCAGGUACUUUCAUCUGCAGCUUUUACAGAAUCCCUUACAUACCAGUAGUACUAGUCUCAGACUUUUAA